GAACACAAGUGUGCCUCCCGUGCUGGGCUCUCCUCAUUCUGACUAGGGACAACAGAGAGCAGGAUGUGGCCACUUUAUCCCUCACCGCUAAAGUUUUCGAUCCCAUAGUCCUAUCUUUACCUCGGGACAAUUUAGAUUUUUCUGCUAAGAGCCAAAUGUGAAGUCUGCUCUAAGAAACCUAGAGCCCAGGAAUCUUGCCAGAGCUCUGCAAAGAAGGCCAGAACCUUGCUGAAGGAAAACGAGAGGAAAAAAAGUUUUAAAAUUCUCCAUGAAGUAUACUAUGUUCUGCCAUUUAUUCCCAAGGCUACUGGAAGCAUUCCUCUCAGGAAAGGCAGAGUUGGCGGUGAGAAGCCGGACCUGAGAAGACUCUGGGAGGACAGAUUAGUUCAUUUUUUGAAUUCCCUAUGUGAGGACAGUCUUCAAGCCCAGCAAGGCUUUGAGACGCCCUGAAGAUGAGUGCUAACGGCAGCACAAUGCGCCAGCUUCUCUGGCAGGACCCAGUGUGCAGUGGCUGGAAGCAGGAUCUGGAAGGGGCUGUCUACCAUCUGGCCAACUGCUUCUUGCUCCUGGGCUUCAUGGGGGGCAGUGGGGUGUAUGGAUGCUUCUACCUCUUUGGCUUCCUGGGCACAGGCUAUGUGUGCUGCGUGAUGUGGGGCUGGUUUGAUGCCUGCGGCCUGGACAUCAUCCUCUGGAGCUUCCUGCUGGCAACGGCCUGCCUGUUCCAGCUGGCAUACCUGGUCUACCGCCUGCGUAAAAACACCCUCCCCGAGGAGUUCGAUCUCCUCUACAAGACGCUGUGCCUACCCUUGCAGGUGCCUCUGCAGGUGUACAAGGAGAUUGUUCACUGCUGUGAGGAGCAGGUCUUCACUCUGGCCACUGAGCAGACUUACGCUGUGGAGGGUGAGACACCCAUCAACCGCUUGUCCCUGCUACUCUCUGGCCGGGUUCGUGUGAGCCAGGAUGGGCAAUUUCUGCACUACAUCUUUCCUUACCAGUUCAUGGACUCUCCUGAGUGGGAAUCGCUGCAGCCCUCCGAGGAGGGGGUGUUCCAGGUCACUCUGACUGCUGAGACUGCAUGUAGCUACAUCUCCUGGCCCCGGAAAAGUCUCCACCUUCUUUUGACCAAAGAGCGAUACAUUUCCCGCCUCUUCUCAGCCCUGCUGGGCUAUGACAUCUCUGAGAAGCUCUACGCUCUCAACGAUAAGCUCUUUGCCAAGUUUGGGCUGCGUUUCGACAUCCGUCUCCCCAGCCUGUACCAUGUCCUGGGUCCUGCUGCUCCAGAUACAGGGCCAGAGUCUGAGAAGGAUGAUGAGGAAGUCCGUGAGUCAGCCAUGCCCACAUCUGCCCAGCAAACACCCCCUCGCUCUCCUCUUCCAGCUGCCAGUGGCCCUCCAGCACCUCCCACCCGGGCCAGGAUGUCCAGGCCGGACAGCGGCGUCCUGGGUGAGGACUCCGCCAGUCUGGUGCUGGAGGAUUUUGAGGAGGUGUCAGGAUCAGAAUCGUUCAUGGAUUAUAGGAGUGAUGGGGAGUACAUGAGGUGAGGGAGAGCUAACACGGGCACAACCACCUGGCUCAGGAUCCUGUCUUCUAGAACUCCUCUCCACAGCUACUCUCAAGUUAUGUCCAGGGGACAGGCCCCCUUGGCUCCAACCCACACUCCUGAACUUUAAGGAUCAACAGGCUAUCUUUUUCUCUGGCCGCACUAAUCUUCACAGGAAGGUCACUUGAGUGCACACCGCGUCUCACCCCCUGGAAGGCUCACAGGCAAGGUCAGAGCAGACACAGAAGACGUUGCCCCGCUGCUAACAUCAAGGGCUCCAGGCGACUUGUGCAAAUUUACCCUCACCAGCCUUCCUUCCAGGAAAAGGCACCCAAAAGUGUGAAAGCACCGAUCCCAUCCUUCACUAACUGCAGAAUCUUGGGCAAGUUACAUAGGCUCUCUGAGCCUCAUCUGUAGAGUGGGGAUUCACAAAACCCAUCUCCCAGGGUUGUGGUGAGCACUGAAUGAGCUGACUUAGGUAGAGCCCCUCGGACAUGUACAUGGCGUGACACCUAGUAAGCACUCCAUAAAUCACUCAGUUUUUUUCCCUUGUUGUUUUUCUGAACUGUUAAAAGGGUCACUGAAGUCAGCUAGCCAAGAAGUUUUCAUGGUUUACUUGUUUGUUUUUCCAGUUAGAUUCAAUUUAUAGAAGUAGAAAUUUUUAAAAACCUAGUUUUCCCUUAAGCUUUUAAGUUCAACUUACAAAUCUCUUGUUCUGUUUAGGACCCUAGUAUUAAACAAUAGUUUUCAGAGGGACUUUAAAAAACUUAGUUAAUUAAAUUUCCUUUCAUAGUUUUAAGUGGGUUUAUAAAUUUAAUAUAUUCUAUUUUACUUUUCCCCUAAAUACUUCAACAUAUAUUCUGGUUAUCUAUUGUCCUAUAACAUUCAUACCUAAAACAGUGACUUUUUUUAAUGAAUAUAAUUUAUUGUCAAAUUGGCUUAUGUACAACACCCAGUGCUCAUCCCAAGUGCCCUCCUCAAUGCCCAUCACCCAUUUUUCCUUCUCUCUCACCCGCCCCAUCCACCCUCAGUUUGUUCUCUGUAUUUAAGAGUCUCUUGUGGUGUGCCUCCCUCCCUCUCUGUAACUAUUUUUCCCCCUUCCCUUCCCCCAUGGUCUUCUGUUAAGUUUCUCAAGAUCCACACAUGAGUGAAAAUUCUAGCAUAUAGAAAUAUAAUUGAUGUUUUGUAUCUUUAACUUUAAUUCAGUGAUCUUGAUAAAUUCACUUAUCACUUCUAAUAAUUAAUUCAGGGAGUCUUCAGGAUUUUCCACAGAUUCACAUAUAUCAUCCAUAAAUAAUGAUGGUUUUAUUUCUUCCUUCCUAACCUAUACCUUCCCCCUCACUCCUCCUCCUCUUUCUCCUCCUUAUUUUUCUUUUGAUUCCUUGUUUUUCUGGGUAGGACCUAUAGUACAGGGAUGAAUGGAAGGGAUAAUGAAGACAUCCUUCUCUCAUAUUUGACUUUAAGGAAAAUAUUUUCAAUAUUUCGUUAUUAAGUAUAAUGUGUGCUAUUAGAUUUUUAUAUUGCCCCUAUCAGAUUAAAGAAGUUCUUUUCCUAAUUUGCUGUUUUUUUUAAAAUCAGGGAUGAGUAUUGAAUUUCAUUAAAUGAUUUUCUGCAUUUAUGGAGAUUAUUUUUCUCCCUUAUUCUGUUAAUGAAUUACAUCAAUAGAUAUGUGAAUAUUAAAACAACCAUGCAUUCUGGAGGAAAUCCAAUUUUAUUAUGUUGUAUUUUCCUCUUUGUCUAUAUCUGAACUUAGUUUGCAAAUAUAUAUAUAUAUAUAUAUAUAUAUAUAUAUAUAUAUAUAUAUAUAUUAGGACUUUUACAAAUAUGUAUCUUGUAAUAUCAUUGUCAGGUUUGAUAUCAGGGUUAUGCUGACUUUGUAAAAGGAGUUAGGAAGUACUCUAUCUUUCUUCUUUCCUAUUCUUGGAAGAGAUCUUUAAACCCAGAAAGCUUUAUAACUCUUGGUUCCCACUCCACCCAUGUUACCUUCUACUCUGUCUUCUUUUUCAGUCAGUUGCCCAUGCCCAAAACCUUGGAGUCUUUCCAUUUAUCUUAGUUCUAUUUUCAAAACAUAUCCUGAAUUCAAUUCACCACCUUCACUGCUACCACUGAUUUCAAGCUAUUAUUUCAUACCUGGAUUAACCUCAAUGGACUUACAACUGGUUCCCUAUUUCUCCUGUCUCUCUUCCCCAUAAUCUAUUGUACACACAGCAUAGUGGUCAUUUAAACAUGUAUAUGAUCUCAUCACUCUCUCGCUCAAAAUUUCAAAUGGCUUUUAUUAUACUUAGAGUAAAAUCCAAACUUCUUACCAUGUGACAUUAGUCAAGAUGAGCUUAUUAUGACUUCAUAGCACAAAUGUUUAUUUCUCUCUUAAAGUCUACUGCCAGUCUGCAUGACUCAUGAGGGCAACCAUCUUCAUGUUGCAACUCAGUGAUUCAAUCUACUCUGACCAUCUGGCUCUGUCACUUGAAGAGAGAAACAGCUCGACAUUCCUGUGCUAGCUUUUUGAUGCUUUGGCCCAGAAAGGAUACAAAUCACUUCUGCCCAUAGUCCAUUGACUAGCGGUAAUCUCAUGGACCCACUUAAUAAUCCACUUUGUGCUUUGGUUAAAGGGAUUGGGAAAUGUGGGGAAGCAAAAGCAUGUUUGGUGAAUCCUAUUCUUCUGGAAACUUAUAAGCCACAAUGCCCUACCUGCCUGUCCUUCAACUGUAUUUUAUUCUGAUCUCAUUCUUAUUUAUCAUGUUUCAACCACACUAUUCUUUUUGGUAUCUGUCAGGCAUACCUAGCUUCUUUCUAUAUUAGGGUCUUUACACUUGCUGACUUCUGGCCAUUCAGUUCUCAGCUCCAAUGUCACCAUCCCAGCUAAGAUACCCACUCACCUUACCAUCAUCUUCUGUCCCUUUUCCCUGCUUGGACUUUCUUCAGAGUCUUUUCUCUUUCCUCUCCUUUUAGGAUUCCAAUUACAUGCUUGAUAGAACUGUACAUUGUGUCCCAUAUAGCUCUUACAUCCUUUUCUCAUUUUUUUUCCUGAAAUUACACUGUUUAUUUCCUUUCUUGUUUGAUUUCUGUCUCUUCCCUAUAUAUUUCACAAUAUAUUUCUCCCUUGUCAAUUCUGAGAAAUUCAGUAGCUCUUUUGUCAACCCUUGAGGGCGGUUGUGGAGAAUAAAUAAAGCAAUAAACAAACAGCAACAAAGUGUGUACACGCUAAGUUGAGACUCAGCAUUACCUGGAUGUGGUGCCACCCCUCGAGCUAGAGGUCUCCCUAAGCAGGGCUCCUGUUACACACAUGCAGUACAUAACAGAGGUUCUGUACAAUGGGAACUUCAUUUAACGUGUGUGCGUUUGUUUUUAAAAGGAUCAGACCUUCUACAUCAUAGAAGUUGUGUGGGAAAAGAUAUCUGGAUUCUUACAAGGUUUUUUUUUUUUAGAUAUAUUUGUAGAUUUUUAGAAUCAACCACAAUGGUAUCUUUAUGUAUUUGAAAUAUAGCAUUACAUGUAGGUACAAAGCAUUGUAUUUACUCAGUCUAUGGAAAAUUCUUGACAUGACAUGGAUUUGUGAACCUUCUGCAGUAACCCCACACUAGAGAUCCACACAUGUGAAAAGAAAAUCUUGGGUUUAUAUCAAAAUUUUAGCAAUAAAGCCUGGCAAAUAGUUAGAUUUGCUCUCAGGAGACAACAAUAAAUAUUCUUUUAUCUCAUGAAUACUUAUUAAAUAUUCACUUGCUGUCAAACAUUAUGCUGGACAUCACAGGCUUUAAUAAGUGAAUCAUUCAUGGUAUCUGCCCUGAAGGAACUUGAGCUCUAGCAAAGGAGAGAUAUGAAUCAUAAGCACCCUGCCCCUCUCCCCACCAAGGCCUUGCUAAGUCAAGCUCCUUGGGCCUGGCUCCUCUGAGGAUUAAUUAAUUAACUCUCCUCUGAGAGUCCUCAGUCCAUGUGUAAAUAGGUUUCUUGUGAACCAUAAAUAAAUAUACGUCAGAUCCCUGACGUAUGUACAAAUAAGCACUGUGUCAGUCCACUGUGGAAAGCAUUACAAGAGUGGUUUAAACCACUAUAUGACCUACAGAACUCCAGCAGAAGAGAUCACUUCCUAUUUCUGGUAUUCGGAGGGUUCAUGGAGAAACUGAGCUGUGCCUUCAAAGACAGAGUUAGGCAAGGCAGAAGCAAUCCAGGAAAAAGAAAUAUGUGACUCAAAGACCCUACGCUGGAAGGUACAAGAAAAGCAUGGCUGGAGGAGAACCAAUGGCUCUUAGUGACUAACUGUGGAACCCAAAUAAGCUCUCAUCAAAAGGCGAUGGAAAGUGAGCAGGAAAAUGGCGCACUCAGAGCAGUGCUGAGGGAGACUGCAUUCAGUGCAUACCACAGAGUCUGGCAGAGUUUAGUUGUUUCAUAAAUGUUCACAUUCUGAGAGACCUGAGAGAACAAAGCCAGGAGAACAGUGUCAGCCAUUGAAACAGUCAGAGGGAUUGUGAGGUACCAAGGGCCAGAAUAUAUGAUGGUGAUGGGAACAGAGAGGCAGACACCUGAGAGAUAGCCUGGGGGGAAUUGCUUGGGAGAGGAGGCAAAUCCAUCUUAGAGGUUCUCCAUCUUCUUCCGCAUAUAUUCCUGACACCGUGGUUUCCUGUAGACUCCCCCACAAGUCUCGAUGAUGGAAAAAAUGUGAGCAAUGCUCUCAGUGGUUUCACUUCUAAUUGUCAUGGAAUUCAUACGUUGACACAUGUCUCCCACUCAGAAAUUUCCCUAGAGAUCAUGGGAUUUUAUUUCACUUUUGAUUCACUUCUCUGACGUGAUCCUUACCAAGAGCCUUCUGCAUAGCACAUGAUUGCCAACUGCCGAUUGCCAACUGACGGUUGCUCAAUGGCCUGGAAUUGCCCUCUAUACCCCCAACCCUCUGCUCUGAGUCCUAGUCAUCCCUCAAGACUAGUACAAAUGUCCCCUCCCCUCCCACACUGUCCCUGACAUCUACCCCACCUCUGUCAACAUUAAUCUGUCCCCUCCAGGACUCUCAGAGUCCUCUUGGACCACCACCCUCAGCUCUCACCUCCCCCCAGACUUUCUCUCCAGGUGCUUGAGGGCUGGGCAGAUUCUUAUUGCCAUAGUCCCAGCACCCCACAUGGUGUCAUGUGCCUGGCAUUUAGUUGGUAAUUGUUAGAUCUUUGUUAAACUCAGCUGUCUAACAUUUCAACAUGGCCUAGAUUAGGAUUUUAGAAACUUCUAGUUCCACUUUCCAGUGUUCUUUUGCUUCUGCCUCCUGUUGAAGUUAGAACACUUUGUCUUUGACUCAUGCGUGACUCAGGAAGGAGGUCCUUUCUUCUGGUUUCUCCAGGCCCUGCUGAGGAGCUCAGGCCUGCUGUCCCCAUCUCCUGUCUGUGGACAGCUCAGACUUCUUGCCUGUUCCUCUCUGAAAUGUGGGAGAUGAAAAUGUGGGUCACUCCUAAUUUCUCCAAUGUGAUUUCUUCUCUUUUCCCUGAAUUUUGUUUCUUGUAAUCUGAUUCCUCGUCAUUCACCACAUGUCUUCUAUUUCUCUUGUCUUUUGCAACCUCCAGUAGCUCUCAAAUUAUUUUAACACCUGUCAUUUAUUCAUCACAAACAUAAAUACACAUAUUUUUAAAACCCUCCUAUUUACACUGUAAUACUUCAUCUGACCUAGUAAAAUCUACUUUAAUGCAACAUGGCCAGACACCUUGCCAUUGCUGGCAAAUUUUUAUUAAAUUAAGUUUAAAAAACAAGGAUAUGGGGAUAACAUAAGUAGACAUUGGGUUAGGAUGCCUUAUGAACAUAGUGUAGGGUUAAGAAAACAGAGCUCUGGAGUUGACCACUUGGAUUCGAAUUUUAGCACUGCCACAUUCAUGGUCUAGUUACAUAACUGCUCUGUACCUCAGCUUGCUCAUAUGUAAAAUGGCAAUAAAAAAAGAAGAACCUAUCUCAUGUUGCUGUGAGAAUUUAAUGAAACAUAAAACCAUGCCUGUCACACAGUAAGCAUUCAAUACAUUGUAGUUAUUAUUAAGAGGAUUGCCAUCAGAAUAGUGCCUGGACAUAGCAGGCUUACACUAAAGGUUUGCUGAAUGAGUGAAUGAAUGAAUGAAUGAGUGAACAUUCUGGUUUUGUGAUAGCUUGUCUUUAGUUUUACCAUUUCCCCGUGCUCUCCAUAGAAGAAGUAUAGCAAAGGGCAGCUUCUGAAGUGAACCAUGGGUUGAGAGUGAAAAAGGAACGAUCUUGACUUUGGGGUGGACUGAGUUUCAAGUCCAAACCAGGAGGGCUGGGUGAGCACUUGGAGUUGUGAAGUUGCAGGGGCUGGUAACUGCAGGAGAGAAGGGGCAUUUUCACUUGAGUCAGUCUGACCCCAAGAAGAGGGGUGUUCACAUAUUGGGCUCUCCUUCCCUGGAUAUUUGCCUAGAUCUCUUUCCACUUCUCCACCCUCCAGUUCUGUCCAAACUAAGAAUCUGUCUAUACUGGUAUGGGCCUGGGUAAAUGUUAAAGACCCAGAGCUUCAGGGUAGCAGCAGGAAUUUACUUCCAGAUAAACACUGCCCCUUGAUAGUCUUCAAAAGCUAUUAAAGCUCACAUUUGCAUUUAUUGAAGAGUCACUUAGAGUUAUUAAAACCCAAUAGAAGUGCAGUCUGGUUUGGAAGUGCGGUAAAAAUGGGAGAGUGGCUGUGUUUUUUCUCCGGUGGCUGUUUGACUUCAGGCAAUUCCCUUAAUCUUUCUGGGCUCUUCUUUCUUCCUCUGACACUCUGUGGCUUGAUGACUAAUAAACAAGGGUUGCUUAAGGAACCCAACAAUAAUAAUGAUAAUAGAUCAACCUCAGAGGAUCUAAGAAUUUCUUUUGGAAAAGAAUAAGAGAAAUCAAGGAAGAAAGAUAAGGAUUGAGGCAUAGAAGUUCCUGAAUUCUAGGUUAAGAAGUUAAGAAGCUCUUAUUCUAAGGCCUUUGGGAAAAUCCAGUGAAAAAUUGGCAGCAGGAGAAUGAUAAGUUUAAAGACUUUGUAGGAGUUAUCUGGCACAGGUAAAUAGAGGGACUAGAGGGGAAAGAAGCUGGAGGAAGAUACCAGUUCAGAGACUGGUGCCAAAUCCAACGCCUUACCCCACGUCUGAGAAAACAGAAAGGAAGGGACAGAUACCAGACACAUUUUGAAGAAAUUGAGAGACAUAGUGUCUAAGUGUAAAUCAGGUAUUGGGAGGGAGGAAGAGGGGGUAAUUACUUUUUUCUUUUUGAGCAUUAUAAUGUCUUGAGCCAAAGAUAACUCAGGCUUCAAGCCUGAUGUUGCAUGCCAGUGUGGUGGCUAUUGUCAUUGAGGAGAGAGAAACAACUUUGGGGGAGAUGUUGAUUUUAUUUUGGAUAGUUUGAAUUUGGGCUAUUGUCAGGACACUGAAUGGCCCCCAUAAAGCAAAUAGUUAAUGUUUCAUAAGUGAGUGAAUACUGAGGAUAGGGAGGAUUUUAGGGCCUGGGACAUAGAAGAACUCAGGCACAGGGAUGGCCACAUCACCUCCAGGCUCCUCUCUUAGGAGAAGAAGCCAACCUCCUCUGGGGUAAAUGUGGGCUGUGAUGGUCACCCCAAGGCCUGAGCAUGCUGAAGAGUGAGGUCAGAGGUGUGUUUAAGGCUGGGGGGCAGCAGUGUAUGUCUCUCUGAGAAGGUCACUCGGGACCACUUGAACAAGGAGAUCAAGGGCUGGGUGAGAUUUUAGCAAUAUGAGAAGAUUUAUGUUUCAGUAUGAUUCCUUUAUACACCCACAGCUUCCUCCUGGAGAUAUUUUUUUUUUAAAGACUUUAUUUUUAAGUAAUCUUCAUACCCAAAGUGGGUCUUGAACUUACAACCUCAAGAUCAAGAGUCAUAUCCUCUACCAAUUGAGCCAGCCAAGAGCCCUGCAUGGAUACUGACUGAAAUGACAUACUGAAGGCCAGUCUUCCUGGAAGAGAUAGAACUGGAAGUUCUAUCUGAAUGGCUGGUAGAGCCUGAAGGGGAUGGUGGGGGCAGCAGGCGCAAAGGCUUGGAAGUGACAUAGUCUACAGUAUGCUUUAGGGGGAUACUGGCUUCAGCACAAGGGGGACACGGCAGGUAACUUCAGUUAGGCAGAGUGGGGCCAGACUGAGGAUGUUGCAAGUGCUAAAAUCCAACUUGAGGAGGCCAGCCCGUAUCACACAGUGGACAGAGCCCAGGUUCUAGAGGCACAUGGCUUAGUGUGAAUCCUGAUUUCACCCAUUGCCAGCUGUAUGACCAUGGACAAGUUGCUUAAUUCCCUCUCCCUCCAUGUUCUCUGAUAUAAAAUGAGGUAGUACAUGGAACUGCUGGGAGGAUUAAUAGAGAAUUUAUAUAAAGGGAUUAGAACACUACCUGACACGUAUUAAAUACUCAGGAAGUUUUAGUUUUUCACUUUCUCUUUCAUAACUUUCUGUAUUGACUGAAAUUUUUUUAAAGAGUUGAGUUUUAUAGUCAUAAAUAAAUAAGAGUUUAAUUUUUUUUAGAGGUCUUUAUAGCUCAUCCCUUCUAAUGAUUUCACUGCUCAGAGACUAUGGUGUCUGAAUGAAUGCCAUUUUUCAAAAGUAAUGAAAUCUCAGGCCCCUAAAGUUCUGAAGGAAAAUGUCAUUCCACUUUCACACAUGGGUAUGGACUGGCCAACUUGGAGCCAGUUGAACACCACAUGGUAACUCCAGAGGAGAAAUUUGGGGGGUUGAGUAACUUAUCUUAGGAAGACAAAUGCUUGAAUAAGUAAUUGCAAGAAACCAGUUUCUUUGAACCACUGUCAGAGCAUAUGUGAACUGGUAUGCCAUGUUUAGAAAGUAAUCCAGCAUUACUAAUCUUUUGAUAUAUCUGUUGACCUAGCAAUUCUUACUGCAAAAAUUUAUCAUACAGAAAUGCAGGAGUCACAAUAUGAGAUAGAUGCACACAAAUAUUUAUUGCAGCAUCAUUUGUAGUUGAAACAACCUCAAUCCAUCACAAAGAAAAAAGCUGACAAAAUUUUGGCAUAUCCAGACUGUGGAACAUUACACAUCCAGUGAGUAGAUUAGACCUGUGUCUAAUUGGAGGGAUAGUCAUGACAUAUUGUUAAGUGACUACAAAAAUUGCAGAGUGAUAGGUGUACUAUGAUUUCAUUUUUGUUAAAAAAACAACUUUGUGUGUAUAUAUUUGUAUUUACAUGGAGAAAUGGGUAGAAGGACAUACAUACGGCUAUUAACAUGGAUUACCUCAGGACCAUGGUAGUCUAUAUAUCUACAGUUUGACUUGUUAAAAUGAACAUUUAUUGAUUCUGUAGUUUGAAAAAUAUAUAUAUAAUAAUGUAUGGGAGGUUUUUUGUUUGGUUUGGUUUGGAAAUUAAUCUGAAGACCAAGAUUGAGAAGCGAUCACCCAACUGCUUUAAGUGAAUUCUGGUACCCAGACCCUGAGUUACAAUCUUGCCUUAGAAAUACCUUGUAGGGUAACUGAGGUCUUUGGUGAUCACUGAAUAAUCCCAAAGAAAAGAAGUUAGAAGAUGGUAGAUACAUUUGCCCCAGUAGCCAAAAGGAAGUAAAGCAGAAAUUCCUGAAAGUAGAGACUAGGAAGUUUGGUGUGUUCUCAGCAAAGUCCAGGGACAAAUCACUAAAAACAUUGCUUGUAUAUAUUUAUGAAAUUAAGUAGAAAUUAUCAGGAGCUCUUGGGAAUGAAGUCAUGCUAAAACUCAAUCAUAUUAUCUCUCUUUUCUCUCUCUCAGAUCAGGGGAUCAUUAUAAAGUAUUGAAACUUUUCUCAUAAUAUAUAAGUAGUCAAGAUAAACAUGAAUUAGAAAUCUAUGCAAAUGUUCAGACCCAGAGUAUUGAUUAAUCUUAAGGGAGCUUCUAGAAGUAGGGCUUUGCCCUUCACUUUCUCCUCUCAAGUUCUUGGAUACAGAUAUAAAAAGAAAUCUAUUUAAAAAUGACAUACGCAUUGGGACACCUGGGUGGCUCAGUCGGUUAAGCAUCUGACUUCAGCUCAGGUCAUGAUCUCAUGGUUUGUGGGUUUGAGCCCCACAUCGGGCUCCAUGCUGACAGCUCAGAGCCUGGAGCCUGUUUCGGAUUCUGUGUCUCCCUUUGUCUCUUCUCUUUCCCCUACUCAUGCUCUGUCUCUCUC